GCUUCGCGUCCCCAAACCAAAACCCCCGCGAGAACCUUCCACCUCUUCUCACCCGCGACCGCCGCUCAUGGAGGCCACCGCCGCGUCGACGCGGCCUCUCUUCCUUCUGGCGCCUUCGCCGCCGCUUCUCAGCACGGUGCGCCUCGCCCUUGGCGUGGGGAGGCGCCGGCUCGUGGCCGCGGGGGCCAGGAAGAAGAGGGGGCGGCAGGACGGGGAGGCGGGGGAGGAGAGGGUGGACGCGCACAGCUUCAACCCCAAGGCCGGCGAGGUCACCGGGCCGUUCCCCGAGGCCGUGCUUCUCAGAAAGAAAAAGGUGAAAGAGGACGGUGAAGCUUUGCCAGAAUUCGCGGACGCCGAAGAAGGUGAUAGUCAAUUUGUACUCAGUUGGUCCUUUUUGUGCUUGAUGUCAAUACGCGAUCUGUCUAACCCAACUACAUUUACAGAAAAGCUAUACGAGCUUCUUAACAUUCAGCUAGAGAGUGGUUUAAAUCUGCAAAGAAUGCGGCACUAUGAAGUUGUUUACCUCAUUCACGAGGACCGCGUGGAAGAAGUUGAAGACGUUGUAUCAAAAGUACAAGACUUUAUCAGAGAGAAGAAAGGAAGGAUUUGGAGGGUGAACAACUGGGGACUGCGCAGACUUGCUUACAAGAUAAAGAAAGCAACACAUGCCAACUACAUCCUAAUGAACUUUGAGAUACAGGCACAAUCCAUAAACGAGUUCAAGACUCUGCUAGAUAAGGAUGAAAGAAUCAUUAGACACCUUGUGAUGAAACGAGAUGAGGCGAUUACUGAAGAUUGCCCUCCUCCACCAGAGUUCCAUGCUAUGCGAUCUCAACAGUUGGAUGGCGAGUAUAUUGAUGAGGAAUAUGGGAGGGUGGACGAUGGGGAUGAUGAGGCUGAACUAGAGUCUUCUGGCAAUGUUGAUGAUGACGUUGAAGAUGGCGAUGAACCUGAAAUCAUUCUUGUUGAUGAAGUUGACGAUGACAAUGCCGAAGACCUCAGAAGAAGAAAUAGGAAGGUGAAACUGGAGAAGUAUACGGUGGAGAAGGUCUUGAGGUAGCAUGCGUAUCUACUGUGUGGUUUAGUUCUUAUACAAAGGAACACUUGUACGAUGAAGUAAUUACAUUAGGUGUUUUCCCUGUACCGGUGACCACUGUUACGAUGGUAGUAAUUAGUGCGAUAAGCUCAUCAGGUCUUCUCCCUAAAUCUUGAGCUGUUGUUGUUUUUCCAAAUUAUGUGGUAUGAUCAUUCCCUUGUA